AGAAAGAAAGUGGUUGGUUAUAUUUAUAGGUUUAUUGGUAUUGGGUUACUGUCAUAUAUAUAUAUCUUAGUUAUUCUCUUUGCUCAUCUUCCUUAUUCCAUCUGUUUUCAAUCUUGAACAAGUCUUUGUUUUGCCUUGUAAAGAUCAUACCUAGAAGAGCCAAGUCCUUUGAAAAAGAAAUGGCAGCCACUUCUGAAUCCAUGGCAAAUCAAGGAUUGUUUGAGGAACAAGUUAUGGCAGCCUCUACUCAGAUGGGUUUCUUUCCUUUUCCUCAUCAAAACAUGAAUUUUCCUCAAUUGGGUAGUUGCCAUCAAUCUUUUUUGAAAGGUUUGAGUACUUCUAUACCUUCACUUGCAGUUCAUCAUGCACCUUCUUCUUUUUCCACAGCUAAUCUAUCAGAAACCCUAAUCUCAUCAUCAUCAUCAUCCUCUACUACUGCUGCUGUUACAAACCCUAGUCUCUCUUUGCAAAGAUCUAGAGCAAAUCUAUGGGGAUGGGGAGAGGUAAAUGAAUAUAUAACCCACAAAAGAAAUAGCACUGGAGAGGAUCAUAAUUUAGGGGUUUCUACAAUGAAAAUGAAGAAAAUAAAAGCAAGGAGAAAGAUUAGAGAGCCUAGGUUUUGCUUCAAGACAAUGAGUGAUAUAGAUGUUCUUGAUGAUGGUUACAAAUGGAGAAAAUAUGGCCAAAAAGUUGUCAAGAACACACUACAUCCCAGGAGCUAUUAUCGUUGUACACAAGAUAGCUGCCGAGUAAAGAAACGAGUAGAGAGACUAGCGGAAGAUCCAAGAAUGGUGAUAACGACAUAUGAAGGUAGACACGUACAUUCUCCAUCACACGAUCUUGAAGAAUCACAAGCUCAAACGCAGCUCAACAACUUCUUUUUCUAGGUAUAAACUAAGCUGGUUGUGUUCCUUCCUUAUAAAAAUUUGCAGCUUAGUUUGCAGCUUAAUUUGCUUCUUGUGCAUCAGCUUUUAUAUAGCAUGUGUAUUUGCUAAACAUAAUACAAUGCUGCUGAAAUAUUAAUUCAGUGUGUACAUGGCCCCUUUUCUAAGCCUUCCUGCA